UUCGCAAGUUGUCAAAGGGGUCGGGUUUGUUCGUCGUCGGCGGCAUCUGGUUGAUGCAAUAAAUUAACACAUUUUGCGUAUAUAUAAAAUAAAUUAUUUAAUUACAUAAACAUAUAAACGAAAUAUAUAUUAAAAAUAAUAAAAUACGGAGAGAUGAAUGUUUGAAAAAAGAGAACAGUAGACAGAGUGCAGUAUGCAAUUUGUUGUUGUGUAAUUAGAACGGGAGAAUUACCAAAAUUUGCCGGUUGUGGGUUCCAAUUGAGUGUUCCUUUUCGGCUUGGUUUCUUAUGGACAUGGGAAUUCUGGAGUAAUGUUACGUGAUUUGUGUUUUAAACACGAUUGAGUAAAGCAAAACAAAACAGUCAAGAAUCACAAAAACCCCUUGAGAAGGGUGGGGAGCACGUAAGACACACGCUUUGCUCCGGAGAUUGCGCAGUACGUGCAUGUUCCAAUGUUUGUUGUGCGUCCGUCCGUCCAUAGCCAGCCACUUGCCAGCAGCAGAAACACGCCACAGAGAACACACGAAGGCAGCCAACAAAAAUAUUUUGACAUUAGUUGUGGAUCUGCUUUUCGUUUUCCAUUUGCACACAGAGUAGAGAAGAAAUAUCAGCCGUAGCCCAUGGUAGUGAAGUGAAUACUCGUACUCGAGAAGAAGAAAAAUUAAAAGAAGAAAAACCAAGCAGCCAGCCUGCAGUCCACUGGCUUUAAAAAAAGAGAAAAUUAAUAUAAAAAAAGAUAUAAGCCAGCCAAAUAUUGUUGAAAAAGUUUGUUUUUCUUUUGGAAAAUAUUGUGCAAAAAAGAAUCAUAGAUGUGUUGAAGAAGAAAAUCUGUGGAAUAUACUCCCCUUCUGGAGAAGAAGUGUAUUAUUGAUUAUUUAAUAACAUUUCGUGUGUGUGUGUGCGUGCGUGUGUGUCUCAUUUUCAUUGCGAAGGAAAACGGAGGAAUUCUUAGGUUUUGAAGACGUAGUCGUCCUUAGGACCACCAUCCAUUAACCAGCAGCCAUGGGUGAGACAACUCCCCAUACACCAGCUCCUUCUCCAACAGAGGAGCAUGCUGCUGCCAUGGAAGCAGCAGCUGCGGCUGCCAGUUCCCAGCCAACCAAUUUUAAGGUAAUCAUAAUUGGAGCUGGCGUGGCUGGUCUGUCGGCUGCCAAUCAUCUUUUGCAAAAUGGCUGUGACAGUUUUUGUAUUUUGGAAGCCCGUGGACGUAUUGGUGGUCGCAUUGUUUCCAUACCAUUGGCCCAACAAAAGGUUGAGCUUGGCGCCAAUUGGAUACACGGCGUCUUGGGUAAUCCCAUAUUCGAAAUAGCGGUACAACAUGGUCUAGUCAGUGUGGUUAAUAUACCCAAACCGCACAAGGUGGUGGCCACCACCGAAGAUGGUCAGCAGGUUCCUUUCAAUAUACUGCAGGAAAUCUACGAGGCGUAUGUAUGUUUUUUACGCCGCUGCGAUGAGUAUUUCCUCUGUCAGUAUAGUCCACCGCCGGACAUAAACAGUGUCGGAGAACACAUCAAUUUCGAGAUACAAAUCUAUUUGAGUUCUGUCGAAGAUCCCAAAGAGAAGCGCUUAAAACAAUUGAUUUUCAAUUGUUUGCUAAAGCGUGAAACUUGUAUAACCGGCUGCACUGAUAUGAACGAAGUAGAUCUCUUAGAAUUAGGUAGUUAUACAGAAUUACAAGGUGGCAACAUAGUAUUGCCUGCCGGCUAUAGUUCAAUUUUAAGACCCCUUACCGCACAAAUACCCAAAGAGGCUAUCAUAACCAAAUGCCCCGUCAAGAAAAUCCACUGGAAACGAAAAAAGACCCUUACCGGCCUGGACACAGUCGAUGAGAAUGAGGAAAAUGAUUCGGAUGAUUCCGAAAAAACGGUCACAGAAUUUCCCCCAGCUGGCGGUGCACCGGCGACGACGUCUGGUGCCUCCUCUGCCGCCGGCAGUAGAGAAAAUACUCCCUCAACUGGUGAUAAGAAUUCACGUUGUGGUUCUGUUGAAUCAGAUACUGGCGUGAACAGUGACUUUCCCGUACGUGUAACGUGUGAGGAUGGUCGUGUCUUUUAUGCUGAACAUGUGAUAUGUACCAUACCUUUGGGCGUCCUAAAGUCAUGCCAUAAAAAUCUAUUCGAUCCCGAAUUACCACACUACAAACAGGAGUCCAUUGAACAUUUGAUGUUCGGUACGGUAGAUAAAAUCUAUUUGGAAUAUGAUCGACCGUUUUUAAGUGCCGAUAUAUCGGAAAUUAUGUUACUCUGGGAUGAUGAUAAAUACGAAGAACAUGCCUCCGACGAAGAACGUGCUACUCACGAGUAUUUAAGUAAACAUUGGUAUAAGAAAAUCUAUUCAUUUGCGAAAAUUUCCGAUACCUUGCUGUUGGCAUGGGUAUCGGGUUUAGAGGCUGAAUUUAUGGAAACCCUGUCAUCGGAUGUUGUGGCGGAAAAAUGUACAGAGAUAUUGAGAAAUUUCCUGCAGGAUCCCUAUGUGCCGAAACCGAAGAGAUGUGUGUGCACAAGUUGGAAAUCUCAAACAUUUACGAUGGGAUCAUAUACCUCAAUACCAGUGGGUGCAUUACAAGAGGAUAUAGAGAACUUGGCCCAACCCCUCUACACAUCUCCUCAUGCCUUUAAGCCUGUUGUUCUCUUUGCUGGCGAACACACCCAUUCCAAUUUCUAUUCAACUGUACAUGGUGCCUAUUUGAGUGGACGUACUGCUGCUCAAUAUCUGGUUGGCAACGAGGAGCCCGAUGAGAUUACCCUAGAAUCAGAUGGUAGUGAUUUAAGCGCUUGGAUACAAGGCAUAGCUUUAGACUAAAUGCUUUUGUAUAAAGGACACCACAACCAAAAAAAAAAAAAAAAAGAACACACACGUACUCAUUCACAAAUAUUUAUAUGAUGAAUAUACAGCGAAUGUGGCAAAUAACCAAAAAGAAAAGCAUAAAAAGAAACUCUCUCUUUAACAACGUAAAAUGUAGCACAAAAUUGAAAACACAAUUAGAUAUGCUGUCUGUGUGUGAAACCACCAGCAGCAGCCUUUUUCUGCUACCACGCUCCCUCAAGCCCACGAGACCAUGCUCCGCCUUCUCCCCUUGAAAUGAAAUGUUAUAUUUUACCUUUAUAUACAAAUUUAGUAGUGGCUAUUUUAUGUAAUUUUUUAAAAUUUUGUUAGAAAUUUGAAAAAAAAAAUCUAAAGGGGGAGCAAAAGAAAAAUUAUUUAAAGUUAAACGAAUUUCGUUUUCUGUUUUGUUUUAUAACAAACAUAGUUUAAUCAAAGGCAUGUUGUUUAAUGUCUAAAAGUAAAAUAUAUUUUCAUUAUCAUGACAUGUAUAAUAGAGCUAUGUGUAUUAAACAAAAAUACAAAAAACUACAAAAUGUACGUACACAUGUAUUUUUGAGAUAACUUAAAACUUUAUUGUUAAAAUAUUUCCCUUUGAAAACUCAAAUCUCCAUUUUUAAAUCUUGCAAAAGAAAAAAGUCACUAUUUUUUAGAAAGUAUGAAAAAUAAUAAGAAAACGAGAAUUUGUUUUAUAUGAAGUAAACGAAAUGUAGUUAUGUAUUUAAGCGAAUGAAAUGAAAUUAUAUUAGUUAUGUUUUAAGCAAACGUCGAAAUUUUUUUACAUAGUUUUUUUGUAGCAAAUUUUCACAUUUUGUCAUGUCAAAUUGUUCUGUUUUUGGUAUAUAUUUAUUAGUGCUUUUAUAAAGUGCAUUUUUGCGUGUAGUAUGAACUUUAACUUCUGAUUUCAAAUCUUGUCAAUAUACCAAUUUGUAUUCACUCGUAUCUUACCAUUUUGUAUUUUUCCUGCAAUAUUAUUUUCUAUUUUUUUUAAUUUUCGUUUUUAAUUUAAUUUAUCGCACUGUGUUAACAUAGGCUUAACAACUCCACUUAAAAAUGCAAUACCAACAAAAGAAAACUUAAUUCAGUAUGAUUAAUUUAGUUUAGACAAAAAAUUGUCUCCUUUGUUUUAAUCUAAAAACUCAUACCAUUUUUGUCUCUUUGGGGAUCAUCACCACUCUCAUAGUCACUAUUUUUUUAAAUACUUACUUCAAUUUAUUUUGCAAGUUUUGUAAUAUUCUCAAAAAAAAAAAGUUCUAAUCAUACAUCUGAUGUAAAAUCUGUUAAGAAAAAUUUAUAAUUCAAAAUAAAACAACAAAUGCAUAAAAUUUAAAUACAUACAAAA